AUGGGCGAUGCUACCACCACCUCAGAUUCGUCCCUGCCGCCUCUGGAGAAGCCAAAUGUCCCAACACAGCCCGCCGAGGAGAAUGCGCGUGUUCAGUCGACUAUCAAAACCCUAAACUUGAUCCCUCACAUCGAAGGCGGUUACUUCCAGCUCAGUGACUCGUCCCCACGGUCUAUUCCUUCUCCCUACCCGGCUACGCCGCUCAGCGAGGACACUCUCAAAUACGUCGAUGCCAAGCCCCGAGGGGAUACGCGUCUCAUGAGCACAUCCAUCUUCUACUACCUGACGCCCAACUCCCCCAAAGGCAGCUUCCACCGGAACAGAUCGAGGAUCAUCCAUACCUUGCACAGAGGUCGUGGGCGGUACGUGGUGAUCCACGAGGACAAGUCCAUCGAGACCUUUGUCGUCGGGAACAAUAUUGAGAAGGGCGAGAAAUUACAGUGGGUUGUAAAAGGAGGGAGUUGGAAAGCAAGUUUUCUGCUUGAUGAUGGCAGUGCCGAGGACAACUCUGGACUUUUGAUCACAGAAACGGUUGUUCCGGGGUUUGACUACUCCGAUCACGAGUUCAUGAGCCAAAAGUUAUUUGAAGAGACGGUGGAUAGCGAAGAGGACAGGAAGCAGCUGCGCUGGCUCAUCAAGCAGGACUAUAGCCCUUCUGCCUAG